AUGCCUUCUCAUUCUGUUCUUUCCCACCUAGCAAUUUAUGAUAAAACCAAAGACAUCCCACACAGUGUAUAUAUGUUCUUCAAUACGUCAGACAUUCGGGAAGCAGUGCCUGAACCCCCAUUGCUGUCCCGGGCAGAGCUGCGUCUGCAGAGAUUCAAAUCAAGUGUGGAACAACACGUGGAACUCUACCAGAAAUACAGCAACAAUUCCUGGCGUUACCUUGGUAACAGGCUGCUGACCCCCACCGAUACGCCUGAGUGGUUGUCUUUUGACGUCACCACAGUCGUACGACAGUGGCUGAACCAAGGAGACGGAAUACAGGGCUUUCGCUUCAGCGCUCACUGCUCUUGUGACAGCAAAGAUAACGUACUCCACGUGGAAAUCAACGGGAUCAGUCCCAAACGUCGAGGUGACCUGGGCACCAUUCAUGACAUGAACCGACCCUUCCUGCUCCUCAUGGCCACCCCACUGGAGAGGGCCCAGCACCUGCACAGCUCAAGGAACCGCAGAGCCCUGGAUACCAACUACUGCUUCAGUUCCACAGAGAAGAACUGCUGUGUGCGGCAGCUGUACAUUGACUUUCGCAAGGACCUGGGCUGGAAGUGGAUCCACGAGCCCAAGGGCUACCAUGCUAACUUCUGUUUGGGGCCCUGUCCCUACAUUUGGAGCCUGGACACACAGUACAGCAAGGUCCUUGCCCUCUACAACCAACACAACCCAGGUGCUUCGGCGUCCCCGUGCUGUGUGCCACAGGCGCUAGAGCCGCUGCCCAUCGUGUACUACGUGGGCCGCAAGCCCAAGGUGGAGCAACUGUCCAACAUGAUCGUGCGCUCCUGCAAGUGCAGCUGAGGCCCCGCCCCGCCCCGCCCCGCCCGGCAGGCCCGGCCCCGCCCCCGCCCCGCCCCGCCCGCAGCGCCCGGGGCUGUAUUUAAGGACACCUGCACCCCCAAGCCCACCUCGGGGAGGGGGGUCCAUUAAAGGUGA